AUGGCAUGGUGGAGCGUCAUUGCGUGCAGCCUGCUCGUGCUCGUGUCACCAACGUCCUCCGUCGUCUUCUUUGGCAAUGCAAAUAUGUCCGUGACCAAAACGCUCGCCAGCGCCUUGGAGCUCUUGCAGGCCGGCGCGCGUGGCGAGGCACACGAGAGGUUGCUUGCGCUCGCGCGAAUUGCGCCCCAGAACGCGGAUGUUCACACAGCAUUAGGCGCACUCGCGCAAAUGGAUGGUUACGCAGACCGUGCGAUCGCUAGCUAUACGACGGCCGCGUCGCUGUGCGGUCCCACGGAGGCGCUGCAUGGCAACCUUGGUCUUGCCCACUAUGCAAGACAAGACUACAGGGCUUCCGUGGAGCACUUGCGAGCAGCUAUUGCGCUCAACCCGACGCGCCUGCCCCACCACGCCCACAUGCUCGGGUUGGCCCUACAUUUUCUGCGCGAUGACGCCGCGGCCAAGGUCGUGUACGUCGCCGCUGUUGCCCACGCGCCGCACGAUGCGGCAGUGCACUUUGACUACGGCGUGACGCUCCAAGCCCUUGGCGAUGUUGAGCAAGCUGGGGAUGCCUACAACCGCGCCAUCGCGCUCAAUCCUGCAAUGGGCUCGGCGUGGCUCAAUAUGGCUUCGUUGCACUUGCAGUAUGGGGAAGUAAGCAAAGCCCUUUAUGGGUUUGAGAAAACACUGGGUCUUUCCCUUUCCAUUGACCUGUGGCUGUGUGCAACGACCAAUUAUGCCGUAGCUCUGGAGCUGGACGGUCAACCUCUUGCAGCGACCAAGUUUCUAAAGCGAGCCCACGCAGUGCUGCAGCUUCAGGGAGCGACAACAUCGACGCUCUACUUGAACGUGUGCGAGCACCAAAUCCGAACCUGGCGCGCCAUUGCGUUCUGGAAAGACUACGAACUGGUUUGGACGCGUUUUUUGGAAAUGACGUGGCAGCACGAGAUUCAAGUCGGGGGCGUGAGCUCGAUGAUGCCGUUCACGUCGCUCUUACUUCCGCUGGCGCCCGAGACGAAGCGCAAGAUUGCCGAAUCGAUCACACGACCGCAUGGUCCUACUGAGAAACGACUUUGGCGCCCCGUGUCAUUGGCCGGUGCCCGGCGCUUGCACGUCGGGUACCUCUCGUACGAUUUCAACAACCACCCGACGGCCCAUUUGAUGGAAGGCCUCUUUCGGUGCCAUAAUGCGUCGUCGGUUGAAGUAUCCAUGCUGAGCUACGGCAAAGACGACAACAGUUCUUACCGACGGCUCUUCCCGUCGCUCGUCGAGCACUUUGUGGACCUUGUAAGCGCAGGCACACAUGCUGCUGCUUCUCUUAUCCGAGACGCGCACGUCGACAUUCUCAUCGACGCUCAAGGUCACACUCUCGGUCAGCGCCACGACAUUGUGGCCCAGCAGCCCGCACCGAUUAUCAUCAGCUACUUGGUGUUCCCUGGCACAUUGGGGGCGCCGUAUGUUGAUUAUCUGCUGGCGGAUGCCCACGUGGCUCCACCAGAGCACGCACACCACUUUGUUGAAAAGCUCCUGAUUGUGCCGCACUCGUACCAAGUCAACUACUUUGCGUCGCCCGUCCCCUUCUCCGAAACGCGGCGCACCGGGCGCUUUGUCUUUGCCAAUUACAACAAGAUCGAUAAGCUCGAGCCACGCGUGUUUGGCGUCUGGAUGCAGAUCUUACGCCGGGUGCCCGCGAGCGAUUUGUGGUUGCUGGCGCCAACGUCGACCAAGUCGGAGCAGUUGACGAUGCGGCAUGUGCGCAUGGAAGCUGCCGUCUACGGCAUCCCACCUUCCCGCAUUCGGUUUCUACCACGCGUCACCAAGGCGGCUCACUUGGCGCGCCAAGCAGACGCAGAUUUGUUUCUCGAUACCUUUGUGUAUGGAGCGCACUCGACGGCAACCGAUGCAAUGUGGGGACACCUUCCGGUGCUCACCCUCGCCGGCGACUCCUUCACAAGUCGGGUCGGAAUCUCCUUGGCCGCCAACGCCAACAGCCUCGAACUCGUUGUCCACAGCGCCAAAGAAUUUGCCGACGUCGCGGUCUAUCUAGCGAAUCAUCGCUCAGUCCUGGCGGCUUUGCGAAAAUCUGUGGCCCUUGGUCAAGCGACGGCGCCUCUCUUCGACACCGCUGGAUUUACCAGAUCGCUAGAAGCUAUGUACCGACUAGCAUACGAGCUGCACGCCUGCAAUAUAUCGCGACGUCACAUUGUACUUGGAGUAUAACUAUUCUCACUAAAUAAGAUCUACUUUACGG